GUCGCUUUGCUUUCGCGUGCAGCCGGGAUCUCGGACCUUUAGGAGCGUGCAGUCGGGUCCGCGGUGGGCUGUGUGACUUUUGAGGACGUGGCCAUUGACUUCUCCCAGGAGGAGUGGGGGCUCCUUGAUGAGGCUCAGAGACGCCUGUACCACGAUGCGAUGCUGGAGAACUUGGCACUUAUAGCUUCGCUGGUUUGUUGGCAUGGAAUAGAGGAUGAAGAGACACCUUUUGAACAGAGUGUUUCCAUAGAAGUUUUAUCACAGGUCAGGAUUCCAAAGGCAGGUGCCUCCAUGCAGAAGACUCACCCCUGUGAGAAAUGUGUCCCAAUCCUGAAAGACAUUUUGCACUUGGCCCAUCUACCUGGGCAGAAAGUGUAUGUAGAUGGAGCAUGUGCAGACCUGUACCAGCUUCGGGAGUAUCACAGUGCAGAGAAGAGGGAUGUGGGCAGGGCUUCAUUUAUAAAGAGCUACAUAUUCCAUGUGUCAGGGAAUCCCUUCACCUGGAGGAAAGUUGGAAAGGAGUUCCCGGACACAUUGGGCUUUCUCCAGCACCAGGUCAUUCUCAACAAGAAGCCAAACAAAAUCACCAAGUGUGGGGAGGCCUUUCCUUGUGGAGAAAGUCAUUACAAAUCAUGUGAAUGUGGGAAAGCCUCCAGCCACAAACACAGCCUUGUUCACCACCCAAGAGUCUCUACUAGAAAAAGGGUUUAUGAGUCUAGCAAAUAUGGGAAGGCUUUUCACUGCAAGUACUCACUUGUUCAGCUCCAGAGAUCCCGCACUGGAGAAAGGCCUUACAAGUGCAGCGAAUGUGGAAAAUCUUCUAGGCUAAGGGCCACCCUCAUUAUACACCAGAGAGUUCACACUGGAGAAAAGCCGUAUAAGUGUGGUGAAUGUGGGAAAUCCUUUAGUCAGUGUUCCAACCUUAUUGAACACUGCAGAAUCCACAGUGGAGAAAGGCCUUUUGAGUGUGAGGAAUGCAGGAAAGCCUUUGCGUGCAAAUCCAAUCUUGUGAGGCACCAGAGAACACACACUGGAGAAAAGCCUUAUGAAUGCAGCGAAUGUGGGAAAUCCUUCAGACAAAGCUUCACCCUUGUUCGACACCAGAGAAUUCACACCACAGCAAGCCCUUAUGUGUGUGACCAGUGUGGGAAAUCCUUUAGCCAAAGAGCUGCUCUCAUUAGACACCAGAGAAUUCACACCAGUAAAAGGCUUUACGAGUGUGGAGAAUGUGGGAAAGCCUUUGGAUCCAAAUCCAAACUUUAUCGGCACAACCGAAGUCACACUGGCAAAAGGCCUUAUGAAUGUGCUGAAUGUGGGAAAUCUUUUACACAAAGCUACAGCCUUGUUGAACACCAGCGAAUUCAUAGCAGAGCAAGACCUUUUGAGUGUGGCCAGUGUGGGAAACGCUUUAGCAGAAGAGCUAUUUUCACUAAACACCAAAGAAUUCACACUGGAGAAAGGCCUCAUAUGUGUCAUGAAUGUGGGAAAUCCUUUAGUCGAAGCACCAGCCUUACUCAACACUGCAACAUUCACACAGGAGCAAGGCCUCAUGAGUGUGGCCAAUGUGGAAAAUCCUUCAGGCAAAAAUCUGUUCUCAUUCAACACCAGGUAGUUCACACUAGAGAAAGGCCUUAUGAAUGCAGCAAAUGUGGCAAAUCCUUUAGCCAACGCUCUAGCCUCAAUCUCCACCAGAAAUUUCACAGCAUGGAGAGGGCCCGUGAAUGUAGGAAAUACGGGAAAUCCUUCAUUCCAACCUCCAAUGUUGUUUAACACCAGAAAGUCCACAUUUGAAAAUGGGGUUAGAUUUGAAGGAAACAUGCCGUCUCCCUGUUCACUCUAAUGGCCCUAAAUAGUUGUGUGAGGGAGCCACAUGCCUGAAGUUGAACCUCAUACCUCCAAGCAUCCAGGGGGGGCGAAAUAUCCCCUCAGUUUAUAGGCAUGUGUGAGGCUUACAGGGGCUGCACUGCACGGUCCAGACCACCCAGGGCCCUUACCCGAAUGCCACCACUGCCAGUUUUUCCAGUAGAAGCCAUCCCACUUUACUACCUUGUACACUGCUUCAUCGGUCACUCCAGUGUGCCUCAGGCAAGGCAAAUGUCUAUGGCCUCUCCCAUUCCCUGGAGGAAAUCUAGAGUAGUCUUUGCCCUUACAGUGAUUUCCCUUUUCUGGUUAAGUAUGAAUAUGACUCAGUUUGGGCCAAGAGUGGGCUCUGUUGGAAGCUUGCAGGGAAGGCUUACCUACUUCAUGGAAAUUGUUGGUUUCACAUGACACUUGUAAUUGAUUUUUCUAGUCUUCAGGUCAUCAACCAGUAACUAUCUACCUCAUUGCUCUGGUUUGUGCAGUAAUAAAGGCCUUAUUGUUUAAUGUACCUUUAAUCUUGGGGGGGGGUGUUCACUGUUUGGCGUGGGUGGAAAACAGAAUUGUACUCUGUGGAUGUGCUUUUGUGGGGGCCCCAGCUUUGUGCACCUCAGCAGGGACGACAUAAAGACCAAGAGUAGCUCUCAUUCCAGUUUUAGCCUAAUGUGCAUUGCUGCACAAGACCUAGGAACCAGUGCAGCGCUUCAUAGUCCUAAUUUGUGGACUCCAUACUUGCUGAGACCAUAGGACACUCUAAGGAGGGGUCCCUUGUUUUGCCAAGCUCCGGUGCCUUUAGGAAUGGUGUGAAUCUAUUCUCUUGCUCCUGGGGGGUGCUGUUGAGGGGAAGCUUUUCACCAGGUUCUACAAAGGAGUCAGUGUCCUGAUGUUUAUAAUUCUGAAGACUGGCAUCACUGUCAGACAACAGGAGCCAGGCUUCAACCAUAACUGGUACUAAUAUUCUUGAUGUGAUUAACAGGCAGGGGAGGGGCCUGCAGCAAACCAGAUGGUGUAUGCCUCUUCUAAAAGUGCAUCCUUGCAUGUUCCAGUGACUAUGCUUGUGAGGAAUUCCAGGACCACCACAGCUGUGUGUCUUCUGUAGCUGAAGUCAUUGUUAGAGCAAAUAAUCUAGAGUUUGUGAAUUCUCAUUGUCUUCCUGAGCUGUUGCCCUCAAGGGUCGUCCAUUGUUCUAAAGGCAGAGAAAUGAAAGAAUGGAGAUUGUCCAUUGGAGUAUUAGGUUGUUAAACCUGCUGGUUUCCAAAAAGUGGGCAAUUCAGAUUUUUUAUUUUGAACGAUUUAUUAAGAAGGCUUCACAUUCAGCAUGGAGCCCAAAGCAGGGCUUGAACUCAUGACCCUGAUAGCAAGACCUGACCUGAGAUCAAGAGUCAGGCGCUUAACCGACUGAGCCCCCCAGGCACCCCUGAACUACUUUUUUAGAGAUUUUGAGGCAUAAUUGACAUGCAAUAAUCUAUACAUAUUUAAGGUGUACAAUUUGAAAUUUCUUGUCAUACGUAUAAACCCAUGAAACCACCAUAAUCAUGACAAUGAACAACUGUGAUGUACCUCAUGCCCUUUUAUAAUUUCUCCUUGUUCUUACCAGACCUACAGGGAUCCAGUGAUGUACUGUCUUUAACAUAUUAGUUUGCAUUGUCUAGAAUUUACAUGAAUAGAAUCAUAAAAUGUCUACUCUUUUCUGAUAUUUUCCACAGUGCAUAAUUAUUUUGAGACUCCUCAAUGUUGUUUAUAUGAAUGUUUAUUUUUUUAUUGUUGAAUAGUAUUCUACUUUAUGGAUUUGCCACUGUUUGUUUUAUCCAUUCAUCUGUUAAUGGGCGAUUGGAUUGUUUCCAGUUUAGUGCUGUUAGAAAUA